CCCUCACCAUUCGAGGCUGCCGAUCUGUCGGCUGGUUGUGUUUGCGUCUCUCUGCAGGUUAUGGCCGCGGCCGUCGCUAUGGAGACAGAUGAUGCUGGAAAUCGACUUCGGUUUCAGUUGGAGUUGGAAUUUGUGCAAUGUUUAGCCAACCCAAAUUACCUGAAUUUUCUUGCCCAAAGAGGUUACUUCAAAGACAAAGCUUUUGUUAAUUACCUUAAGUACUUGCUUUACUGGAAAGAACCAGAAUAUGCCAAGUAUCUAAAGUACCCUCAGUGUUUACACAUGCUAGAACUGCUCCAGUAUGAACACUUUCGAAAGGAGCUGGUGAACGCUCAGUGUGCAAAAUUCAUUGAUGAACAGCAGAUUCUACACUGGCAGCACUAUUCCCGCAAGCGGAUGCGUCUUCAGCAAGCACUGGCAGAGCAGCAACAACAGAAUAACACAGCAGGAAAAUGAAGAGCUGGGACAGACCAGGCUCUUAGGACAUGUAUAUAAUGUAUUGCUAUGUACAGUACUGAUAAAAGAUGGUUCUUCCUGCCCACCUUUAUUAUGGUAGCACUCAGAACCGUCAGUAUUAUUUUUGGCCAGCAAACUUUAUAUUGUUAAUAGAUCAUUGCUGUUAAACCAGAAUUGUUCUACUUUAAUUUCUCUGGGGAUUUGUAAAUUUCAUUUGCAUUUAAUAGAACCAAGUGAAUAAGAAUGUAAAUGUUGGUUGUUAUAGAGCGGUUUAAGAACAUGGAUGCGACAUACAGGGGUACUGAGAUCAGCUGCUCCAACCAUCUCAGGAGAGAGGAGACUGUAGUCAGGAACUACAUGAAGAUUCCUUUCUACAGGAGAGGACAUACUCAGUUGCUUCCCGCUUUUUAAGAUAGCUGACCUCUAGUGGCAGGGAAAGACUGGUAGUUAAUGACUAAUUGGAUUCUUGUUCUUAAAGGUAGGAGCCUCAAAUACCUUUCUUUGAAAAAGUUAGCACUUGGGUAUAUUCCCAAGAGUGGUAUGGGGGCGGUGGCGGGGAAGAGACAGAAAUCUUAACUAAAUAAAUAAGACCAGAAAAAGAAAGAAAAAAGAAAAAGUUAGCACUUAUUCAUUAAGUACCACAAGUAGGCACUGCCUUAAAAAGCUUCUUUUAAUCUGUUCCAGAAUAUUUUUAUGUGAAUGUGUGAAUUGUUUGCAUGUGUGUGUACCACGAUGUGCCUGGUGCCCAAGGCAACCAGUAGAAGAGAACAUAUGAAGUUGAAGGUGGUCGUGAGUCACCAUGUGGUGCUAACCAUGUGGUGCUAGGAACCAAACCUGAAUCCUCUGCAAGAGCAGCAGAUACUGUUAACCACCGAGCCAUCUCUCUAGCCCUUAUUUUUUCUCUGAAUCAGGUUUCACUUUGUAGCCCAGGCUGCCUUGGAAUCUGUGAUCCUUCUACCUCAAUCUCCAGAGUACUGGACUUAAAGAUAGCUACUAGGCCUGGCUCACAUGCUGCUUUUUUUAAAAAAAUUAUUUUAUGUGUGUGAAUGACCUACACAAUGUAUGUCUAUACCACUUGCAUGCCUGUUUCUCUCAAAAGCCAGAAUAGUCCAGAUCCCCUGGACUUGGAAGUUAUAGACAGUUUUGAGCUGCCACGUGGGUUCUGGGAAUCCCCUAGUGAGUGCUCUUAAUCACUGAAAGACCUCUGCAGUUCACAUUUUUCUUUUAAUUGUACAACAAUAAUUGGGCUUUUCAUCUGCAACAAAGUCUGGUCCUGUAUGUAGUCCACCCCUUGCUUCAAAUUCGUGAUUGAUUGCUUUAGCCUCUAAAGUAAUAAGGUAACAUGUGUAUCACUAUGCCUGACACAAUUGUUUUUUGAAGAAAUUGAGAUUUAGACAGUAACUUGCCUGUGGCUAAGAGAACCAGCCUGUCUCCAAGAGAAUUACAUUUUAGACAGUUGUGAAACGAAACUGCCUGAAUUAAGCAUAUACAUUCUUCCAAGUGUCUUCCCUAAAUGGUUUUAGUGAAGUUCUGCAUUUCAAAGGCACAAAAUGGUUUUGCAAAUACACAGAAUUUAAAGUAACAGAUCCUAACAGC